AUGCCACCACGCACGCCAGUGCAGCGCUUGCUGCAGCAACCCUCACCCACCGCACCACUCACCACUCUCCUCGCAACCCACCUCUCCCAACCAUGCUUGCGACAACCCACCACGCGCCUCUUCAGCAACACCUGCUCUGCACAAGCCGGUGUCCGCAAAUCAAGAUCUUUCGCCCCGCAACAAACAGGCAUGAAACAGCCUUCCCAAAGGUCCUUUGAAGUCAUGAAGAAAGAGCAAAUGAGCAAUAUCGAAAAGAUGCCUAAUGAUGUGGGCUUGAUCCCUGGCACUUUUAUCAUGCCUACUGGUUCGCAAUUGCCUUCUCUGACUCAGGAGUUCGGUGCGAGGUUUGCGUUGGAAAAGUAUCGUUUGUGGUUGCGUAUUAAGGAGAUUUUUGGUCGCCACUACAUGGGUUACUUCCACGUCAAACCCCGCGCAGACUUCCAAACCUCUGCAAUCCCAUCCAUCGCAAAAACCCUCUACAAAGACAUGUACACCGCCUUCGCAGCUGGAAACCUCUCUCCCAUAGCCCCAAAACUCUGCGAAAACAUUUACGUCUCGUUGGAACAAAGGAUACGCGCACGAGGCCCCAAUACCGGUAUAGCGUGGACUCUGCACAACUGGGUUUCAGAGCCCAAGGUUGUGAGCCACAAGUACAUGCCUAUGAGUUUGGAAGACAACAAGGACAAGACGAAACAAACAACCAUCCAGCAGGUGUGUGUGAGGAUGCAGAGUUUGCAGAGUUUGAAGAAGGUGAAAAAGGUCAGGCAGGGAAAUAAGACGAUCGAGGUUGUGGAAGAGGGAAGUUCGGCUGCUCCCAAGCAGGUUACCGAGUAUCUUGUUGUGCAGAGGUUGUGUAAGAGAGGAAACAUGGGUCCUUGGAUGGUUUGGGGCACUACUACCGAGUCUGACCCUCAGGAGGCUCUUCAAUCAUAA